GGAACGCGGCCCCCGCCGCUGUCCAGCUGCUCGGUGCCUUUCGCGCCCAGCGCCGCCGCCGCUGUCGCCGCCGUCUCUCCGGGAAACUCAGCCACUCGCUCGCCAUGGACACUCCUAGGGUCCUGCUCUCGGCGAUCUUCCUCAUCAGCUUCCUCUGGGAUUUGCCGGGUUUCCAACAGGCUUCCAUCUCCUCGUCCUCCUCCACUGAACUGGACUCCACCAAGGACGCGCGGAGCCGCAAAGAAGGGAAGAUGCCGCGGACGGCACAGGAGAGUGAGGAGGGCCGGACGCCCCAGGAGCACCAGCCGCGGCAGAGCGAACUCCGGCGGCGGCCGCCUGGACAGUCUCAGGGGCAGGAGCCUCCGGGCAGGGGCCCGCGCGUGGUACCCCACGAGUACAUGCUGUCAAUCUACAGGACUUACUCCAUUGCCGAGAAGCUGGGCAUCAAUGCCAGCUUUUUCCAGUCUUCCAAGUCAGCUAAUACGAUCACUAGCUUUGUAGACAGAGGACUGGACGAUCUCUCGCACACUCCUCUCCGGAGACAGAAGUAUUUGUUUGAUGUGUCCACACUCUCAGACAAAGAAGAGCUGGUGGGCGCAGAGCUGAGGCUUUAUCGCCAGGCGUCCCCAGUACCCUGGGGGCCACCGGCCCGACCGCUGCACGUGCAGCUCUUCCCCUGUCUGUCCCCACUGCUGCUGGACGCCAGGACCCUGGAUCUUCAGGGGCCAACCCAGGCCGGCUGGGAAGUCUUCGACGUGUGGCAGGGCCUGCGCCCUCAGCCGUGGAAGCAGCUGUGCUUGGAGUUGCGGGCAGCCUGGGGAGAGCUGGACGCCGGGGACACCGAGGCACGAGCAAGGGGUUCCCAGCAGCCACCGCCCCUGGACCUGCGGAGUCUGGGCUUCGGCCGGAGGGUGAGGCCGCCCCAAGAGCGCGCCCUGCUCGUCGUGUUCACCAGAUCCCAGCGGAAGAACCUGUUCGCGGAGAUGCGCGAGCAGCUGGGCUCUGCGGAGGCUGCGGGAGCCGAGGGGUCAUGGCCAGCGCCGUCGGGCGCCCCAGACGCCGGGCCUUGGCUGCCCUCGCCCGGCCGCCGGCGGCGACGCACCGCCUUCGCCAGCCGCCACGGCAAGCGACACGGCAAGAAGUCCAGGCUGCGCUGCAGCAGAAAGCCCCUGCACGUGAAUUUCAAGGAGUUAGGCUGGGACGACUGGAUUAUCGCUCCCCUAGAGUACGAGGCCUAUCACUGCGAGGGCGUGUGCGACUUCCCGCUGCGUUCGCACCUGGAGCCCACCAACCAUGCCAUCAUCCAGACGCUGAUGAACUCCAUGGACCCGGGCUCCACCCCGCCCAGCUGCUGCGUUCCUACCAAAUUGACUCCCAUCAGCAUCCUGUACAUCGACGCGGGCAAUAAUGUGGUCUACAAGCAGUACGAGGACAUGGUGGUGGAGUCCUGCGGCUGCAGGUAGCGGUGCCGCCCGCUGCCUGGGCCAGGGACCAUGGAGGGAGGCCUGACUGCGGAGAGACGGAGAGGCGGAGCAGGAGCUGGCCUGGAAAAGGCCACAAGUGGGGGAGGGCAUGAAAGUAGGCGCAGUGGGAGAGGAGGCAGCCCAGCCCUCCCAGAAUCUUCCACUCGCCAACCCAGAAGCAGCUAAGGGUUGCCUGGCCACCCUGGAAAGACUAGACAAGGAUUCUUUCUUUUCUUUUCUUUAUUAUUGUGGCUUUGGGUUUUGUGUCUCCUUGGUUUUGAUAGGAGAUGGAAGGAGGAGAGAUGCGUAUCUGUUCACAAGUGUUUCGUGGACUGGGGAGGGGGAAGGAAAACGUGAGAGAAAGAGCCCAUCACUUUUGUUCAGAUCUUAGACUGGUUGGUUCUUCCUAUGUAAGAAAGUAGGGUCUUUGGGCCUUUCCAGUCAAGUCACAGCUGAUGCCCUUGGCUUCUGCACAGGAAGUAUUAGGGGAGUUGGCUAAAAGAAUAAGGGAGUCAGGAGGGGUCUUGCCCUUAGAGAAGCUUGAGGGACGGGAGCCAAGCUGCCCCCUUCUCUCUUUGGUGCAUUCCCAUGAAUUUAUCAGCUCUGUGCUGGCCUCAACCAGCACAGGGAACUGGGAGUUGCCACCACUGUGGACUCAGGUCUCCGGAUGCCUUUACGGUUGCUGGUGGGGAAAGGAGUCGGUAUGGAUGGAAUGACAGGAAUUAGUCCCUGUGGAACCCCGUGAAGGAUAAUGAGAAACCGCAAGGCCUAGCUCUGACCGGGUGACAGGGAGGUGCAGUACCCAAGGCUGCAAGUAGCCCACCCCAAAGAUCUUUGCCAUUCAUGUCUGUUUUUCAUUGAUUUCUUUAAACAGAAUUUGUCAAAAAUUCCAGCACCUCCUUCUAAGGCAAAGAUUUUUUUUUUUUAAUGGCGAGGGAGGGAACUCUAUAAUUAAGGUAAGAAGGAAAGAGGAGGAGGGAAGGACCUAAAAAGUGGAAGCGCUCCUCAGGAGGGGAGAUGAUAGCCCCGCAGGAGGAUGGAGAUAAAGGGCCAGGCCCCAAGCAGGGAAAGGAUGAAAGGGCCAGGAGCCUCUGCCUCUGAAGUUUCUAAAAAAUUAAGACCCCUCCCCUCUUUCUGACAUUCCUGAGAGAUUAACAGCCAGCAAUAGCCCAGGGCUCCCCCUAGAGAAAUGUUUUAGAUUGUAAUUACCAGUUAGGUGGUGUUUUUUUAAACGUAGUAAUGAGAUACUGUGAAGAGUCAAGUGUUACCUUGAGCUUGGGGUGGAAACUGGGGUACAGGCAGCAAGGAAAGAAACCAGAAGGAGCAGGAGAAAGCACACAGGGAAAAAUACCUGUUCCUAGGUGGUCAAGACCUCAUCCUUCCCCCAGUCUGGACCAGGAUUCUUUUCAAACAUUACCCAUGCAGAGGCCCUUUGAGAAGUAGGCUUCCUCAGCCUUGUUGUGGAAUAGUUUAAACCCAGAAAGGUGUGUUAAUGUUUGCAGAAUGUUUUGGGGGGUACCCUGACUGGUUUGUUCUCUCCCUGUCUAAAUCUGUUGCUUGUCUGGUUCAGAGAUCUACAGACUGUCAAGGAAAGGGUGGAAAUGCUAAUGCUUGGUAAUAUAAAAUGGUAAUCGAGAAAAGACAAGACUUGUCCAGGAGAAAUAACUUAAAUGCACAUUUGCUUUGGAUGCACUGUUGUUCUGUUGAGGCUGUAUAUAUUUGUUUAUUUAAGAUGACUGAAAGUGCAAAGAGAAAACAUGCAAUCAUCUUAAUGUACAAAACGUUAUAUGCACUCAAAUGUUAUAAUUUCUAAUAUUUUUAAAGUUUAUAUUUGAGUUGUACAAAGUUAAGCAUUAAUCAGAUAUUUCAUUCUUUCAUAAUAUUAUCGUUUUCUUAAAUAUUAUUACAAAAAUUUAAGUCUGUCUAAUGGGGAGUUUUUUGAAACUGUCUACCUCACUAUAAUACAAAUUUUGACAACA